GUGGAAGGGGUCUGUUUGGAAAGCAGUCUGGAUGGAAUUGUUGAUUUGGUGCGUACUUUAUGCUUGUCUGAGUAUCAUGUAUCGACUAAUUCUGGUCAAGCAUCAUAAGGAAAUAUUCGAGAAUAUAUGCAUCUUCUUCAACGAGCACUCAUCUUUUAUUCCUGUCACCUUUAUGCUCGGUUUCUACGUAUCGGCAGUUUUCAACCGUUGGCGACAGGUUUUUGACAAUAUUGGAUGGAUUGAUCAGCCUUCAUUGCAAAUCACUCAAUCGAUCCGCGGUGAGGAUGAGAGAUCCAAAAUGAUACGACGCAACUGUAUCCGAUAUUUGGUUCUUAUGGAGGCCCUUGUAUUCCGCGACAUUUCUACAUUAGUCCGCCGUCGGUUCCCAACGAUGAAUCAUCUAGUCACGUCAGGCAGUAAUAGUCAGGUGAUAAGUGGCAUACCCGAAGGCUAUUUAUUGAGAAGUCUAAUGACGGCUCGUGAGUUUGAGGAAUUCGAGAAGGUCUCAACCCCUCAUGCGAAAUACUGGCUUCCAAUUCAGUGGCUUCUUUCUCUCGUCACUCUUGCAUGGGAUGAAAAAAAAAUCAAAGGGGAAGUCAUCUACGUCUCGUUGGUGGAUGUGAGUGGCUUCGCCAGAAUUGCUUAA